UCAUCAUCGGUUUGAUAUCUUUUUGUGUGUUUUUAUUUCAUUUUUCCAAGAAAAAAAAUGCAAAUUUUCGAAAAAACCAAACAAAAACCUAUGACAUUACCCGCCGUAUCUGCUGUUAUCGUGGAAAAAAUGGAUAGAAAUUUCAUCAAAUUGAAUUCUGUUGAUGAUCAUCAACAUCGUCAACGAUUUCGACGAUCAUCAUCAUUAUCAUUAUUCCGAAAUGGAUAUCAUUAUCAUAACCAUAGCCACCAUCAUUAUUAUCCAUAUUAUUGGCCAUCAUUGAUAAAAUUUACAAUCAUCAUUUUGCUGUUUAUAUCCACUACUACUAUGGUUAAUGCUCAAUGUCCAAUCGGUACAACAAUGUCAUUUGAAAAAAUUGCUUCGGUCACUAUACGUGGUAUACCAUUUGUACCAUUAUAUAAUGGCCAACCAGAUAUACCUGUUACAGCUGAAUGUAAUAAUCGUUGUCGUGCUGGUGUUAAAUGUCGUUCAUUUUUAUUAAGCUAUGAUAAACAUCAAUGUUUUGGUUUUGAUUAUGAAUCAUUAAAUCGUGGUUUAUCGAUUGUAUCAACAACAGAAAAAACAAGUUAUUUUGAAAAAAUAUGCCUGUCAACUGCACCAUGUGAAAAAGCAUGGACAUUCGAAAGGGUUAUGGGUAAAGAAUUAAAUGGUUUUGAUAAUCGUAUAUUGUCGGGUGUUGCAAGUCGUUUAAGAUGUCAAGAACUUUGUUUGAAAGAACGAUCAUUUGUUUGUCGUUCAGGUGAAUAUGAUUAUGCGCUGCAACAAUGUCGUCUAUCAUCAGAAGAUCGUCGUUCACAACCAAGUUCAUUUCAACAUGCUAUUAGUAGUUCAGUUGAUUAUUUUGAAAAUCAAUGUUCAGCUAAUCAACAACAACAACAAACUGGACAACAAUCUGGACAACAACAACAAAAAAAUGGAAUGACAACAACAACAACAACAGCCGUAAGCAAUGUACCAAUGACAGUUGGUUGUGAUUUUGAACGUUAUGAAAAUUUGGAUAUAAAACGUGCUGAUCUUAUCCGGACAGCAUUUUCCGCUGAUCAAUGUCGUAGUUUAUGUGAAGCAACACGUGCAUUUGUUUGUCGUUCAUAUACAUAUGCUUCGGCUACAUCACAAUGUUGGCUUAAUUCUGAUGAUAUUCUAGCCGUAUCAUCCGGUUUGAAUGGAUUAGAAUCACAUGCAGGUGCUACUUAUUAUCAACGUGGACAUUGUUUAGAUUUACAAUUAUUUUGUGGAUCAGAUUCAAUGACAGUAGCAUUGAAUACAUUAAAUCCAUUCAAUGGACGAUUGUAUUCAAAAGAGGAUCCAAUCAAUUGUGAAUCGAUUGGCCGAUCGGAAACAAGUACAAUGUUAAUGUUACCAUUCAAUUCAAGAUCAGGUUGUGGUGUUCGUGAAGAGGAUGGUAAAUAUACAUCAAUGGUUGUUAUACAACAUCAUCCAUUAAUACAAAGAAAAGGUGAUCGAAUGGUACAUGUUGCUUGUCAUUUUGAAGCAACUAAUCGUACAAUAAGUAAUACAUAUAGUGUAUUGGUUGAAAUGCCACCUGUAGCUGAAACAUCAAUUGUAAAUGCAACAGCACCAUCACCAAAUAUACGAUUACGUAUAACGGAUAAAAAUGGUAAAGAUAUUACCGGUGCUCGAUUGGGUGAUGAACUUUUCCUUCGUAUUGAAAUGGAUGAUGAUGAAAUUUUUGGAAUUUUUGCUCGUGAAUUGAUAGCCAAAAGUGGUGCAAAUCAAAAUGAAUCAAUAAUGUUAAUCGAUUCGGAUGGUUGUCCAACUGAUCCGAAUAUUUUUCCAGUAUUGGAAAAAAUACCCAAUUCAAAAGGAUUACAGGGAAAAUUUGAUGCAUUCAAAUUUGCCGAUGAUGUUGUCGUACGGUUUCAGGUUAAUGUACAAUUCUGUCUACAAGAAUGUUUACCUGUAAAUUGUGAUCAUAGUCGUCAUGUUGAUUCAGAAUUAUUGAAAAAUGUACAAAGUUGGGGACGUCGUAGACGUCGUCGUAGUAUUACUGCUGAUGAUAAAAAAUUCCUAACCAAUAAUACUGAAUUACAUCGUGAAAUUAUAGUCGAAAGUAUUAGUCGUUUAAAUGAUAAUGAUGUUAAUCAACAGGAAAAAUUAUUAGCCGAACAACAACAACAACAAAUGUAUUGUGCAACUAAAACAACAAUGAUUAUCGGUAUUAUUACAUUGUUUAUGUUACAGGUCACUAUUAUUGGAUCAAUAUUGGCGUGUUGUUUGAUUUAUCGUCGAAUACCAUCAUCAUCGUUGACAUCAUCGACAUACAAUGUUAAUCAUCAACAACGACAACAACAUUAUAAUCGUCGUACAGGUUUAGCCCAUUUAUUCAAUGGUAUUCAUGUUGCUGAUAUUUUACCUGGUGGCGGUGGUGGUAAACAUCAAUUUAAAAAUGAACCAUUUGAAAAUGAUGAUUGUAAUAGUAUGAGUAGUCGUUUAUCAUCAACAACAUCAUCAUCAACG